AUGGUGUCCUCGCUACCCCCAACUUGGAGUCUUCUUGUGGGAUCUUUCAUUGCUGUCUUCAUAUACAAGAUCUUUAUUCACUUCUAUGAAUCAAGGAUCGAUAGAAAGUUCGCUGCUGCAAAAGGCUGCCAGCCACCGAGAAGAUGGAAUUCAAAAUGGCCGCUGGGACUCGAUUUGCUUUUAAAGGCCUUUCGCCAAGAGCGCAAGCAGCGAAUCCUGCAGUUCUUUCUUGAUGUUGUGGCUGAGUCGGGACACACCUUCGAGCAGAAGCUGCUUUUCGCUCGUGGCAUCGACACGAUUGAGCCCAGAAACAUCGAAGCCAUUUUAUCCACACAAUUCACCGAAUUCGGACUGGGACUGCGACCCCCAACCUUCGAGCCUUUGAUGGGCAGUGGUAUCUUCACUCAAGACGGCAAACAGUGGCGGCACUCACGAGAGCUCCUGCGGCCGCAAUUCAUGACCAACCGGUUCAACAACUUUGAGCAGGUGAGAGAGGCAGUGGACAAUCUCAUCUCCUGCGUUCCAGAGGACGGUGUGGUGGACCUGCAGCCCCUAUUCUUCCGCCUCACCUUCGAAACCACCCUCUUUCUAUUAUUCGGACGGCAUCUGGCGUCUCUCAAGUCGGAAGGAAUAACGGACCGCGAUUUCGAGUUUGCACAGGCCUUUAAUCUCGGCCAGGACUAUCUUGCCCAGCGAGGUCGGCUGGGUGACCUCUACUGGCUUAUAGGAGGGAAAAGGUUCCGAAACGCAUGUCAAAUAUGCCAUGAUUUUGUCGACAAUGCAGUCAAGAAGGCUCUAGACUGUGCAGGGACGCCGGACACUGGAGUCUCCAAAGGGACAGAGCCCUACGUCUUCAUCGAUGCACUCGUCAAAGAGACCAACGAUCCAAAGGUUCUGAGGGAUCAAUGUGUGAAUCUCUUGUUAGCUGGAAGAGAUACAACGGCGUGUUGCCUUACAUGGACUCUUCGUCUGCUGGUGCAGCACCCCCAAGUUCUCUUCAAACUCCAGUGCGAGAUUAGGGAUACAGUUGGCGUUGGCUCAAAAGCCUCGAUACCCACAAUCAGUCGAAUAAAAACACUGCCAUAUCUCUCGCUCGUUAUCAAAGAAGUCCUUCGCUUAUACCCAUCUGUGCCAGUCAACUCCAGAGCGGCGGAAAAGACAACAACUCUUCCCGUUGGUGGUGGUCCCACUGGGACAGCUCCUAUUCUGGUCCGAAAGGGUGAAGCAGUGGGAUACUGUGUCUAUGCAAUGCACCGUCGCAAAGACAUCUACGGGCCCGAUGCUGAUCACUUCCGCCCCGAGCGCUGGGAAAACGACGCCCUGAAGAAUGUGGGAUGGGGGUAUUUGCCCUUCAACGGGGGACCGAGGGUGUGUUUAGGGCAGGAUUUCGCUCUGUUGGAAGCUGGGUUUACCAUCGUGAGGCUGCUACAGGUGUUUGAAACCAUUGACAUGACAGAAAGGUCGUUCAAGUUGCCCCUGGGCGAGGAAAGGCAGGUGCUCACAUUGGUUGUCUCGAGUGGCGAUGGCUGUUGGGUCAAGAUGAGAAAAUACGGAGCCACGGACUCUGAAUAAGGAUAGCCAGAGGAAGCUUACCGGCAAAGGGAAGUGUAUUGGGUAUAAUUUGAUGAUAACUAUGGCUUCUUGCCGUAGAUGAGAUACAACUUGGAGUAUUGGUGAAACUCAAGAUCCGUCAGCUCCUGGCGCACCUUUGCCGCCAUCACUUCAGUCUCGGCGGGCGACCAUCCCAGCACGGUAGUGAGGAUCCCAGGGAGAUAAGAGCCCAGGGCCUGGCUGUAUUGGCACUGCAUAAAGCGGCCGAUUUCCUUCUGCUUGGGAUCAGUCGGCCAUGGACUUAUUGGGACCUUGAUCAUUGUGGUUGUGACUUGUGUGAAACCAGCGGAUUCCAACGCCUCGCCCCAUUUGUCCACAUUCUGCAUUGGCUUGUCAUACAUUUCACUUGCUUCACUUAUCAAUUCAAUCAGUUGAGCUGUAUAUUUGCCCCUUUCUUCCAUAGAGUCAUCAUCGGUAAAGACCUCAAUGGGAAAGGAUUGAAGCUCAAA